GGGAGAGAGAGAGAGAGACUUUAGCCUCAGAGACAGAGACCUGUAAAGUUAUGGAUUCAGCAGGAACAACAGUUGGUCUACAAUGGAAGUGGCUCCAGUAGUGGUUGAGAAGGUGGUCUGUCUGCACGCAGCAUCCCACCCCCAGUAUGGAUGAUCCUCCUGGGCCACAACCAUCAUACUCCUCCUACCAUCUCACUGGCUCCUCCUCCCAUCUCACUGGCUCCUCCUCCCAUCUCACUGGCUCCUCCUCCCAUCUCACUGGCUCCUCCUCCCAUCUCACUGGCUUCUCCUCCACCUCUCCUUCUCCUCCACCACCACCGCCACCACCUCUCCUUCUCCUCCACCACCAAGUCUCUAAGGCUGAGCAAAUCUAGCCGGGGCCUCCACCACCCCACCAUCACCCCACCACCCAGACCCCACCACCCAGACCCAACCACUCCACCACCACAGUGGGUCUUCAGACCUAGCCACCCCACCAUCACCCCACCACCCUGCCACCACAGUGGGUCCUCAGACCUAGCCAGUCCACCACCACCCCACCACCACAGUGGGUCCUCAGACCUAGCCAGCCCACCAUCACCCCACCUCUCUGUCACCAUGACACACAUGGACUACGAAUACACCCUGUUGGGUUCCUCGAUGGAGGACUACAGGAAGAGACCUCCGAAACCACAGGUGGACGACAGCCCCAUGAGCCUGUUCGCCGUGCUGGAGGUGAAACGCCACCCUCUCCAUCUCCACGGAACCUGGCCCCGGUGCACCCUGGGAUGUGGUACGAGCACCCUGACCUGCUUCAGGAAGGUUAAACUGUACAGCUUCCUGUUCGGCCUCGCCGUCAUGUUCCUCAUCAUGGCUUCCUAUAUCCUCACUGGGGACAAGAAGGGCCUCCUCUUGACCCCGUCCCCGUAUCACUUCUCUACGGUGCCGAACUCGGGGUCCGGGACUGGGCCCUACCCCUUUAAUGUGUCUUCUGCCAAGGACUACGCUACCGUUAAACUGGUGGUGAAGAACAUAGCGUCCAAGGUGGAGUUCAGUACUACCAGACAGCUGCCAGAACGCGAGGCGCUAUUACACAGUGAGCCACAUAUGUUUUCCGUUAUCCCCCACAAGUUUCUUCCCACCGUCAAGAACCCUUGCUGGUACGAGGAGCACGCUGGGAAUAUCAGCAGGGACCCUUACAGGACAAACCUUUACGCCCGCUACUCGCGCCGCUUCAGAACCGUGUUUGAGUACCUGAGGAAGGCUUUCCGGGAACACUUGUACCGCCGCGGGGGGAAAUACUACCGCAUUCGCUGCCUGCCUUACUUCUACAUCAUAGGCCAGCCUAAGUGUGGCACCACAGACCUGUACGACAGGCUGCAGCUGCAUCCGGAAGUCAGGUUCACCACCUUCAAAGAGCCUCACUGGUGGACCAGGAAGAGGUUUGGUAUAAUCCGUCUGAGUGAGGGGUUCCAUGACCGUUACCCAGUGGAAGACUAUUUGGAUCUGUUUGACCUGGCAGCCUAUCAGAUCCAAGACAACCUGAUGGGAAACGCCCACUCAGGAGCGCCAGAGCAACACAACAUCAUCAUAGGAGAGGCCAGUGCGUCCACCAUGUGGGACAACAAUGCCUGGGCGUAUUUCUAUGACAACUCGACUGAGGCGGAGGCGGAGCCACCCUUCCUCAUCCAGGACUUUAUCCACACCCUUCAGCCUGACGCAAGGUUCAUCGUCAUGCUCAGAGACCCUGUAGAGAGGUUGUACUCCGACUAUCUCUACUUUGGGAUCACUAAUAAGUCUGCGGAGGAUUUCCAGGACAAGGUGUCCGAGUCUCUCCAGCUUUUUGAAGGGUGCCUGACAGAGUACACCAUGCGCUCCUGUGUGUACAACACUACGCUCAACAACGCCAUGCCAGUGAGUAGCCUUCACCUUCUCCACAUCCAUUUGCUUUCUAUGUUUUAACAGACUGACCAUAACAGUCUAACU